GUGACAUGUACUGUGACGUCAGACUUUUUCCAUUAAAACCGAGGAUGGGGUUACACUCGCUCCCAGACUUGACCAGGGCGGCAACCAGUGUGUGCGUCUAGUACGGCCUCAUAUCACAGUCAUCAUGGCGGAAUCCAUGAAUGAUGAAACAAAGCUUAUGCUUAGGAAGGCGUUUUCGAUGUUUGAUGAGAAGAAGACGGGUUUCAUCGCCACAGACAAACUCCUGGGCAUUCUGGGAGACCUCGGCCAGAGUGUGGACCCUGACGAGCUGAGAAAGGUGAUCAAGGAAACAGAUGUCGAUGGCGUGGCAGAAGCAGAGGGUAAGAUGAGCUUCGACCAAUUUGUCAACGUAGUGAGCUGCUUCAUGCAAGACGAGGACGAGGAAGCCAUGGCGGAGGAGUUGAGGGAGGCAUUCAGGCUGUACGACAAGGAGGGAAAUGGAUAUAUCACGACGCAGACGCUGAAGGAGAUUCUCAAGGAGCUGGACAACAAGCUCUCCGAAGACGACUUGGACGGCAUCAUUGAGGAGGUGGACGAGGACGGCUCCGGCACUGUGGACUUCGAUGAGUUUAUGGAGAUGAUGACUGGAGAAUAAAGUGCAAGACGAAGAAAGAAGAAAAAAGAAAACAAAAAAGAAGACAAAGGAGAAGACGGAGAGAGAGAGAGAGAGAGAGAGAGAGAGAGAGAGAGAGAGAGAGAGAGAGAGAGAGAGAGAGAGAUGUAACGUCGUCGUAUCGCUGUGAUCUCUCCUUGAAUCUCCGCAGUGUGCUCAUCAAUAUCUGUCUGGUUCACCGUCUGUAUGUCCGUCCGUCCGUCUGUCUGUCCGUCCAUUCCUGUUCGAUGUUUUCUUGCUCGUCCCUCCCUUCCUCCUGCCAUUUGUCUGUCGGUCCAUCAAGGUUGCCUAAAUUUCAUAACGUGCUCUCCAGCAUUCUAGCUUCAGCGUUUUAUGUUCUAAGAUUGUCACUCCCCAGGUAUGCAAAGGACAAAAUAAAAGAAAAAAAAUUGUCCAUACAUCCCUGCUACGAUACAAAAGUAUUUUAUCAAUACAGAAAGAAAAGAAUGGCCUUUGGCUGAUAUCACAUUCAAAUCAAUAGAUGUUCACAGGAAAUGGGAAAAGUGUGUCUUUGGCUCAUAGAAUAAUACAAUUUGAUUAUCAAUAGAAACUUUAAUACCAGGAAAAAAACGAAAAAAUAUAAACGAAAAGCUCCUAAAGAUGACUGUCUCUUGUAAUGUUUGCUUUAGUGAUGGAAGGAAUAGUUUUAUAGGUAAUCUAUCCCUCGUUCUCCGAGAAGUCGAAAUAAACUUUCAUUAAAAACCUAGAAUAAUAAAAAAAAAAAAAAAAACAUAUCACUUACUCAAAAAACUCGUCAAGAUUCUCUGUCUCUUGUAGUCUUGGAGUGGAAUAUAAUCUUUCUUCUCUCGGCUUUCAUCUUAGGUCUGUCUAAUAUCCAUCUUGCAGCAGCACAUCUCAUAUAUCAUAACCAACUUACAAUAUGAUGUACCAGACAGCUGCAUUGAGAAACGUUGAGUCUAAACGCACACGUGCACACACAUCACUCCCUUUAAGAUAACAAAUAAUAACAAAUAAGACGUUUAAGCUUCUCUAAAUAACCUGUUUGGCACCUCUCUACACCAAAUAUGAGUAUUAUGGAGACAGGAGACGCGUGCGGUUUAUCUGAACCUAUCAGGCUAAAUUCUAACUCUUACUGAUUGAAUUUUCAUCAUAUCUUUGACGAGUUCCAACAAGGCUCCUUCUCGUGGCCGUGGAGGAGUUCACACGCUGAGACAAAGCUUUGAUGGGAGGGUGGUAAUAGUAACGUAAAGGUGAAGAAAGAGAGAGAGAGAGAGAGAGAGAGAGAGAGAGAGAGAGAGAGAGAGAGAGAGAGAGAGAGAGAGAGAGAGAGAGAGAGAGA